CGCGGGAGACUCCCCCCUACACGCGCUUCGCACCUGACUGCCAGGCUGCUCGCGCCCCGCCCCGCCCCGCGAGGCCUCGCGUGAGGAGAAACCGGCGCCCGCCUGCCAGUGCCGCGCGGGAGGCGGCGGUGCCCGGAUGCAGCAGCGCAGCGCGCCCGACCCCAAGAUGGCGGCGCCGAGCAAGCAAUAUGGGCUUAUUUUGCCCAAGAAAGCAUUGCAGAAAACUCUGAUGUUGAAGAAACAUUCAGUCUUUGCAGAUGACUCUGAUGAGGAGACAUCUGUGGGCGAGAGUCUACAAAGAGAAGCAUUAAAAAAGCAAGUAAUGAAGCAAACCAAACUUGAGAUUCAGAAGGCCUUGGCAGAAGACUCCACAGUGUAUGAAUAUGACAGUAUUUAUGAUGAAAUGCAGCAGCAGAAGAAAGAAAGCAAUGCCAAAGUACUCUCAGGAAAAGAUGACAAAAAGCCCAAAUACAUCCAAAAUAUCCUCAAAGCAGCUGAGGUAAGAAAGCAGGAGCAGGAAAAAAGAAUGGAAAAAAAAAUUCAGAAGGAGCGUGAAAUGGAAGGGGGAGAGUUUGAUGACAAAGAGGCCUUUGUGACGACAGCCUAUAAGAAGAAACUGCAAGAAAGGGCUGAGGAGGAGGAAAGAGAAAAAAAGGAAGCAGCACUGGAGGCAUGCCUGGAUGUGACCAAACAGAAGGAUCUCAGUGGAUUUUACAGACAUCUUUUAAACCAGGCAGUGGGGGAAGAAGAGGUGCCCAAAUGCAGCCUCCGUGAAGCCAGGAUAAAGGAAGAAAAAUCUACCACUAAUUCAGAUGAAUCCAUCCAAAGAAACAAAAGUCCAGAUGAGAGACCAAGACUUAGAACCCCUGCUAAGGAAGAGGAUAAUCCAGAUGCAGACAGUGACUUAGAAAGUGAUAGUAGUGAUGAAGAUCAUAAAAAUAGCAGAGCUAGUUCUAAAAAGAAGGAAAAUCGAGACAGCUCUGAGAGCAGUGAGGUGGAUUCCAAACAUCACAGGAGCCGGAAACACUCCAGCUCAUCAGAAUCUUCCAGUGAGGAGGGAAGUUACCACACAAAAACCCAUAUAAAUCGUCCUAGGAGAGGAGAGAGUGGAACAGGUAGAAGGGAAAAAGAUGAGCACCACAAGGAAAGGGAUUCUGAGAGAAGAGAUAGAAACCGGGAAAAGGAAGACCGACAGAGAUAUGGGGAUCAUACCAGUAAAGAUAACUACAGAAAGAGGAAUGAGCAGGAGGACAAGCAGAGGGGGAAAGAUAGAAAAGAGAGAGAAGGAUAUGACAAAGAAGGUAGGAAAGAGAAAGAGAGGGAGGACAAGUAUUCAGAAAGGGAACGAGAAAAAGAGCGAAUAAGAAAUGGCAAAGACAGAUACAGUGAUAGAGAAAGAGGGGAAAAAUGCAGAGAAAAGGAGGAACAUUUGAAGGAAAAGAGAGAGAGAGAUGACAAAGAUGACAAGAAAUACAGGGACAGAAAGGAAAGUAGUCCUCAAGCCUCAGAAAAGGACAGGGACAAGAAGCAAAGUAGCCCUAGAUCCUUAGAAAAAGACAGACAGUGUGACGAGGAAAAAGAGACAAAGGCAAAGGACAGAAAGAGUAAUGAUGAGAGAAUCUCAUGCUCUGAAAGAUUUCCUGAGCCAAAAGGUAAGGAUGAAGAGGAAGAGCAAAAAGGUGCAGAGCAGAUGGAAAAAAAAUCUCUGUGUGUGAGCAAAUUUGCCAAGCGGAGCAGUGAAGAGACAGUGGUAUCAGCAAGGGAUCGCUACUUGGCUAGGCAAAUGGCACGAGUUAGCACAAAAUCCUAUAUAGAGAAAGAAGAGGAUUAGCUUCAUUUCAGUGGCCAUAAACCAAGAGAUGAUCCACUUUCACUGGUGGAAAAAUCACUGCAGCAAGAACUCUGUGUUGAAGUGAAAGUAUUUCCUGACCAUUUAUUUCUGGGUUUUUUUAAACUCAGUAAUUUAAUAAAACAAACUUCUGUUUUGAAAUGUUUUGAUGGUCUUUGUACAUUCAUCCAGUCAAAUGUACAGGCAAGGUGUUUAAUUUGACUGGUUCUGUCCAUCCUGGCCUUCAGCACCAUAGCCUCUGCUUGCUCUAUCAUUUAUUUGAAGACAGGGAGUCACACUUAUGGAUUCUAAACUUAUACAGGUGAGAAUACCUAAAUGGCAGCCUGCAUAUAAUCCUUAUCAGCUAAUACCAGUACUACCCCUCUUCUGGAGCAGCAGCAUUCUCAGCCAUUACUGUCAGAUCUCACUGUCCAAAGAAGUUAACAGAGUGUGCAGGAGAGAGAACUUGAAAGAGAGGGAUAUGCAGGCAAAAUAAAUAGAAUAAUAAUUUAAGUGACCCUGUAUGUUUUGUGGUGUUUUGUAAACCAGGUAAAUUUCAUCUUGACAUAUUUGGAUUUGAACGUAUAUAACAUAUGCGUGGGUUUUUGUGUUUCUGGUGCUUGAUGUACAGAAAUAUUUAAAAUAAAAUGUAAGAUAUGUACUAUA